AACCAGCGGCGCGCGCGGUGUGCACCAUGCAUGCCCAUGCAAGGAAAACGCCCAUCCAACCACGGUGCACGCAAUCCAAAGCUAUAAAAAAACGUUCCGACUCGCCUCCACCACGACAACUCGCACCACACACCACCACCAUCAAACUCCUUGCAUUUCUACCAACGAUGCGGCACGCGGCGCUGCUCGGCGUGGGCUUCGCGCUCUGCCUCCUCCGCGCGCAGGCGCAGCCGUACGACUACCCGACGGCGAAGCCGUCCACGACGUGGGCGAACACCGACGCCGCGCUGCGCCACCACGUCGCCUACACCGACGGCUCCGUGGCGCGCGCCGCGCUGCUGCGCCUCAACCCGGCGCGCCUCGGCCCCUCCUUCGCCUUCGGCUUCUUCUGCACCAACCACCGCGCCGGGGCGCCGUGCGCCGACUUCCUCCUCGGCGUCGCCGUCGUGUACUGCAACAGCGGCGCCGGGAUCACCGCGGUCACCACCGGCAUCCCGCAGGUGGUGUGGUCGGCCAACCGCGCCGCCCCCGUCGGGGACGGCGCCACCGCGGAGCUCACGGCGGACGGCGACCUGGUCCUGAGAUCGCCCGGCGGCAAGGUGCUAUGGUCGGCCGGCGCGGCGGGGCGCGGCGUCUCCGGGAUGAGCAUCAACAGCGACGGCAACCUGGUGCUGUUCGACGGGAGCAACCGGACGGUGUGGCAGUCGUUCGACCACCCAACCGACACGCUCGUCGUCGGGCAGUCGCUGAAGCAGGGCGCACGGCUCACCGCCAACGCGUCGUUUGACAACUCGUCGGAGGGCAGGAUAUACCUCGCCGUCGCCGACGACGGCCUCGCCGCCUACGUCGACGCCAAGCCGCCACAGCGCUACUACGUCCUUGGCUACAGCAAGAACGCCGGCGCCUACGCGGCGUACACCAACGGCAGCCUCGCCGUGCUCGACCGCCCCGGCGGCCAGCAGCUGGCCACCGUCCAGCUCCCCGCCGUCGCCGCCGGCACGGUGCAGUACAUGCGGCUGGAGCACGACGGCCACCUCCGCCUCUACGAGUGGCGCUCGAACGGGAUGAGAUGGGAGGCCACCGGCGACGUGCUCCACCCCUACCCCGGCGACUGCGCGUACCCGACGGUGUGCGGCGCGUACGGCGUGUGCACGGACAUGCAGUGCAGCUGCCCCGACGCCGCCAACUUCCGGGCGGUGGACUUCCGGCGGCCGAACCGCGGCUGCGUCCCGACGUCGCCGCCGGCGCCGCCGGCGACAUGCCGUUCCCGGCGCGCGCGGCACCGGCUGGUGUCGCUGCGCGACACGGCCUACUUCAACAGCCACGACACCAGCAUGCGGACGCUGGAGAGGGUGGGCGAGGCGGCGUGCAAGGCAGCGUGCUUGGGCGACUGCGCGUGCAUGGCGGCGCAGUUCGUGUACGGAUUCGACCCCAACGACGGCUUCUGCUACCUGCAGUCGGAGGUGUUGUCGCUGGAGACGAUGCAGCCGGAGGUGUUUCACUACAACUCCUCCAUGCAUAUCAAGAUUGCCCAGGGCAGGUUGCCAAGACGAUUCUGAUCGCCUUUUUACAGUCUACUAUACUAUAUCAAGGAGGAGAAAUCCUUGUAAAUACAUACAUGAAUAAAUUCACGAGAACUAGCUAGGAUUCUCGAUUCAUAUGUUUUUGUAUUCAACAUUUGUUUGUGGGUUUUAACAAAAUAUAAAGAAAACAUUUUUUUUUA